AUGCCUCCAAAGCAAGCACACAACGCGGGACAGCCGCCAAACCCGUCAAACCCGCCAAACCAGCCUCAACAGCCUCAGCAGCAACCGCAACCUCAACCUCAACCUCAACUGCAACCUCAACAAGCUCAACCGCAACGACAACCCGCCAACAAUGGCCAGGCCGCACGACUUCAGUCCCAUAUCAGAGGACAGGUGCAAAAGCCCAAUGUAGGGCCGGCACAGCCGCAACAAGGACAGCCAGGACAGCAGGGACAGGCACCAAAGCCUGUCGUGGCCAACGUUGGAGUGAAUAUUCCUCCACAGAUCGUGCCUGUCGUUGCUGCCGUGCCUGUCGUUCCUGCCGUUCCUGCCAUUCCUGGUCCACAACAAGCAAACGCGAGUGCAAAUACAAACCAACCUCCCACUCUUCAACCUACUCAGGCUCAAGCACCUCCACCUCCACCACCACCUGGUCCUACACCGGCAGUACCACCUCCACCACAAAACCAAACACAAGCUCCUGCAGUACUUCAGCCGUUGCAUCCAACUCCAGCAGGACCAAGUGCUGCCCCUUCCGUACAGGCUAAUCCAGCCAUGCCGAUACAAAACGCUGGUGGUGGAUCAGGCGCGGGAGCCGCAGCCGGAGUCGGAGCCGGAGUCGGAGCCGCAGUCGGAGCCGCAGUCGGAGCCGCAGUCGGAGCCGCAGUCGGAGCCGCAGCCAACGCUGUUCCGGGAGAUGGAGGAGGCGCCGCGGCUGCCGGCCCGCAGGCACAGGUCGCCAACCUUCCCCCGCCACCCGGAAACAACCCUGCCGCCGCACCUGUCAUCGGCACCGAACUGACCCUCUACCUCCUCGCCCAGCAGCUCUACCUCAUGCUCGGCCCGGACGCGCGCACCAACUUGAUCGAGCACCUCAAAACACUGCGGCCCGUCCUCCAGGCCCAGGCCGCCGUGAUGCCGGAUGGGUACCACAAACAACGGCUGCGCACCUACAGCCCGGCCCUGUAUCCCGACGACCCAGGCGCACCGCCGGACAUUCCAGUGAGCCUGCAGGAGUUUCUCAAGGAAGUGGCCGACGACGACGCGGCGGACAAGUUCCCGUACAAAGGACUGCGGCAGCUGCCCGACGGGUUUGUGCGGCCCCGGGAUCUGCUGCCGCGACUGGGAUGGAUCAACAAGGAUGAGGAUUCAGAUGAGGGUGGCGACGAUGACGGUAACGGCGAUGGUCAUGGUGCUGGUCGUGCUGGUGGUCACGUUGGCGGCGAUGGCGCGGCUGCUCAGCCGGCAGUCGAGCACCCAGCACCUGUCGACGGAAACCAGAACAAACGGGUCCAUUUUGUGGACGACAGCGACAGCGACGACAGUGACGACGACGACGGAAACGACGGCAACGAUGGCAAAAACGGCAGAAGCUCGAAACGGCGGCGACUUGACAUGGUUGGCAAUGGUGACAACAGCGAGGAGGAAGAAGAUUACCUUCUGAGGAGACGGUAUGCCAACGUGGGCAGCGAGUCCGACAGUGACACCGACUCGAACACGACCAGUGUCAGGGAACGCGCGCAACGCGAUCGUGCCUGGAAAGCGCUGCCCUACGAAGCCCAGCUCGAUACGCUCGGCCUUAGCAUGGACCGCAGUGGUGAGUGGGACGAGUCGGACACGAACAGCGAGAUGGACUACCAUGUGGACGAGGAUGGAAACGCUCUCAUCAACGAUGUUGGCGGAGACAGCAACAAUGAGGAUGGAGCGCCCUACAAAACAUGGAAAGAGGCCAUGGACAAGGCCCCCGACGACUACUCCGGCUUGUACUCGUACUUCUUGUGGGAAAAGAAGCACAAGCGGCGUGCGCCGGCCGUCCUCAAAAAGGACAGCCUGCCCUGGGUGCCGUACCUGCCCAUGGCCACCUACCCCGACAAGACGGCGUACGAUCCACAGCUGCCGUCGAAAGGGGCCCUCGACGACGACCUGUGGCUCUAUUCGGACGAGGAGGACAACGACAAUGGACGAGACAGCAAUAGGGGACGUGCACUCCUUCGGCGAGCCCGCUCCGCCUCUGCCUCAUUCGAUACCGCCGCACCGCCAACCACGGCCCUGCGCCGCCUCCUCGCCCGCCCCAUUGUGUCCCUUUCAUCCAGCGUGUCACACGCGUUGGCAUCUCUACUGCCGCGCGGCACCGGCAGUGACCACAACGGGCAAGCACAGACACAAAACACCAGCCAACGCCAAGCACACGACCACCACAUGGUUGACGGCACGACACUCAGUGCCCUUGAUCUGGCGACGGCGCUGCACCGCGUUGUGUCCAUGCAGUCGAACCUGACCAACGUGCAAGGCAUCAUGGACGGCCUGAAGCAGGACCUGGCAAAAUGGCAGCAGGACGGACGUACGGUGCAGAGAUGA